UACAGCUCUAAACUGUGACCUACAGCUAUGCACAGCCAAGCAUCACAUCACACGACAGCCUUAACUUUAGCUACAAGCAGGGCUGUAGUUGCUUCAGACUAUCAUUAUUCAUCUCACUACCAACAAUACCUUUGGAUGGAUUUAGCAACAAGCAUUUGAAAUUGUCACUAUCUUUUUUUAAAUUGCUGCCACCGGCAGAACUCAAUUCAAAGGUAGGAGAUCUUAAUGGACUUGGUAGAAAGUAUUUGAGAGACCAUGCUAGGUUAAAUGGAUUACUGCUUCUCUCUGAUACAGAGGAUGAAAAAGAACCUUAAAAGCAGAAAAACUUAAACUGUCAUAUUCAGUACAGAAAGUCAUUUUUUCUAAGCACAGUUUGAGUAAAUGAAAAAAAAAAAAAGAAAAAAAAGAAAAAGAGAAAAAACCGCUUGUUUUCUUCCAGCAGUAGUAACAACCUGCAAACAGGACAUGCUAGAAUAAGAGACCUUCAAGCAAACUGACCUGAAACAACACUUUUCACAGACAGCUGUAAAGCUUAAAAAUGCCACUUUUUGGCUGGAUGAAAUGGUCAAAAACUGAUUCCUACAAGCCCACAAGAUGUCCUGGAUCAGAAGUUGUUACAAAAACCCUGCUGAGGGAGUUGAAAUGGCACCUGAAAGAGCGUGAAAGAUUCGUUCAAGAGAUCGAAAACGAACAAAAAGUCCAGAAGACUGGCAUGGAUUACAACUGGCUCAAGAAUUACCAGAACCCUCAAGCAACAAUUCCAGCUACUGAGCAACGGCAACUUGAAGUUCUGUGUUCACAAAUCCAGCCUUGCCAAACAGGAACUGUUCUCAGCAGAUUUCGUGAAGUUUUGGCAGAAAAUGAUGUCUUACCCUGGGAAAUAGUCUACAUAUUCAAGCAAGUUUUAAAAGAUUUUCUCACCACCACUGAGAGAGAAAACCAACCAGAGCAGCUGGCAGAUGCAUGGAAUACAAAUUGUCCUGAACAUUUCAGUCCGCGUGGCGACAGCUCUAACAAGUCGGACAAGGAUGAAAUCCCCACUGUUUCAAGUUAUGUUGACAAAAACACACACAGCAUGUUUCCCACCUUCUCUCAUAGAAUCUGGAAUCUACCCUAUUACUACCCAUCAAGUUAAGUUGGUUUGUGUUGCUUUCAAAGAGUUAUGCAGCCAUUCGCAUUCCUUUUUUGUCAUUGCCAUCCAGACACAUAUAGGAGUAAGAAAUGUGACCUGCUCCCCUUUUUUCCAAGUUCAGAAAUUAAAAUCCUUCGUUAUAACUAGUAUGCAAUAACUUUAACUAUCAACUCCCCUUUUAUCUUUAUAGUUUCUUAGAGCUGUUGUGUUUGAAGCCAUCUUUUAAUAAGCAAUGUAGAUGUUUCCGAAAAAAUUCUGAAGCAUUUAAUUUUUUAGCCGUAUAGAGCUAAAAGUAUUUAAACAAUAAAAAAAUACUACUUUCCAUAUUUUGAAACAGCAUCAAUCCACACAGCAUUAGAUAAAAACUUCUGUAUUUGUCACAUAGCUUUUAGGCUCUAU